GGAAGUCUCCCUCUCCCCCUCUCUCUCUCUCUCUCUCUGACCUUUGGGUACAGGAUACUGUGUCGAGACUGGAGACAUUGACGUGCUCCCACUCUCCUCCCACUUUCUCAUGCGCACGUUAUUACCCCACACGAACCCAUGGAUCACCUCUCACCCUCUCCACCCUCGAACCCGACGGCCAAUCCUUCCUCGUCGACUAAGUGAUGUCGCAGAGCAACCGGUGAGCCGAUAUAGCGCAAAGAAGAAGCUAGAGGAAGAGGGAGGGAUAACCGUGCUGCACGUCUCUCUUCUUUCUCUAAUGGGGCAAGAUAACGACAGCUAAUCGAGCAGCUGCAGCAGCAUAAGGAGUCUCUUUCUGGUGAGACCACCACCUGUAUCUGAAGCCUGUCGAGCCGCCCUUCUUGAACCUGUGGAUCAUCUGGCUCCUCUUUGGGAACCUUCAUUACCGCAACUGGUUUAGUUCUUUAUGUUAUCCGAUUGAAGCAACCAAACGAGGAAGGAUGGAAGCAAAGAGAACAAAGCGCUGAUUGAUCUGCAUGAUUAUUAUAAGGAGAGAUCUGUAAAGGACUGCAAUUGACGGCAGAGCUGGCGAACCGUUGGUGGACCGGAGCUGUGGAGAUGGGCAGGGUCGACCCUGGGGUCACGUCCGCGACCUCGGUCCCUCCCGUCCAUCUCCGCAACCUCAACCGCGCCGACGACGUCCCCAGUCACCACUUCAACAGAAGAGACCGAGAGGCCGGCGCCGCUGCCACGACUACCACCGUCAGCAGCGGCAGCAACAACCACCCCAACGACGACGAAGGCAAUGCCGACGACUCCGCCGGUGGCCUCGAGAUGGUCGAGGCCGGAUCUGCCGGCGCGCCGACGGGUACCGCCUGUCGCCGCCCCCGUGGCCGUCCGCCUGGGUCCAAGAACAAACCGAAGCCACCCGUGAUCAUCACGCGGGAGAACCCCAACGCGCUCCGCUCGCACGUCCUCGAGAUCUCGAGCGGGGCCGACGUCAUGGACGCCAUGGCCACCUUCGCCCGCCGGAGGCAGCGUGGCGUGUUCAUCCUGAGCGGCAGCGGGGUCGUCACCGACGUCACGCUCCGCCAGCCCGAGGCGCCGCCGGGGGUCAUCACCCUCCCCGGCCGCUUCGACAUCCUCUCUCUUUCCGGGGCGUUCCUUCCGGCGCCGUCGCCACCAGGGGCCACGGGCCUAACAGUCUACCUAUCCGGCGGCCAAGGGCAGGUGGUGGGCGGCAAUGUCAUCGGCGAAUUAGUCGCGUCAGGGCCGGUGAUGGUGAUCGCAGCCACCUUCUCGAACGCAACAUAUGAGAGGUUACCGCUCGACGACGAAGAGCCAGCGGCGGCAAGCGCUAUGCCUGGCACAGAGGGAAUUCAGCUUCAGCAGAGCCCGGGAGUAAGUGGAGGCGGCGGUCGGCCGUCCUCGCGGCAGCCACAUGCAGGGUUGGAUCCGUCGUCGAUGCCGCUGUACAAUCUGCCGCCGGAUCUUCCACCAAAUGGCCAGACGCCCCACGAGGUUUUCGGCGCCUGGGCCUCUGCUGCAGCUCCUCGGCCGCCAUCAUCCUACUAAGUCUCCUCCCUUCUACUUCUGCUCCUGCCGUUUCGUGCGACGGUGAUGUGUUCGUUCAUCAUCCUCAUGUUCUCCUUCCUCUGUAAACAUAUUUAGUAGUUGCAGGUCGAUCGAUUUCUUUUC